GAAGAAGUAAACAACCUUCAGAAGUAAGAGAGAUCCACUGAAAUGGAGAAUAAGAUGGAUGCUCUCCACCACUCAGGAGUUCAGAUGGUGCACUAUCUCCAGGUGAACUAUGAAACAUCCCAAGACUGGUUCGUAUUUAUCUCCUUCGCGGCUGAUCUCAGGAACACUUUUUUUAUCCUGUUCCCCAUCUGGUUCCAUCUGUGUGAGUCGGUGGGGAUCAAGCUCAUCUGGGUAGCGGUGAUCGGCGAUUGGCUAAACCUUGUCUUCAAAUGGAUCCUUUUUGGCCAGAGGCCGUACUGGUGGGUGCACGACACAGACUAUUACAACAACAUGUCUGCUCCAGUCAUACAACAGUUUCCUGUCACCUGUGAGACAGGUCCAGGAAGUCCUUCAGGACAUGCCAUGGGAUCUGCUGGUAUCUACUAUGUCAUAGUCACUGCUCUAGUUACCCUUUUCCUACAGAAAAAACAAUCCUUUAGUUUCCAAAAGAAAUGUUUUCAAGCCCUGCUGUGGUCUGGUUUCUGGGUGAUUCAGGCAUGUGUUUGCUUGUCCCGAGUCUUCCUUGCUGCUCACUUUCCACAUCAAGUUAUCUGUGGAGUCAUUGCAGGCAUGGUCGUGGCAGAAGUAUUUGAACACAUCCAAUCCAUUUACAAAGCCAGCCUGAAUAAGUAUAUAUACACUACUCUGUUUCUGUUUUGCUUUGCACUGGGAUUUUACCUGGUGUUAAAAACUGUUGGCGUGGACUUGCUGUGGACAAUAGAAAAGGCCAAGAGAUGGUGCUCCCAACCCGAGUGGAUUCAUAUCGACACAACUCCAUUUGCUGGACUUCUUAGGAACCUUGGUAUCUUCUUUGGCUUGGGCUUGGCCCUUAACUCGCCAAUGUACAAAGACUACUGUCAGGGAAAACAAGGCAGGCACUUCGGCUUUCGCCUCUGCUGUAUUAUAGCCUCGUUGCUUGUCCUCCACCUAUUUGACAGCUUUAAACCACCUACCAAAGUGGAGAUGAUCUUCUAUGCUUUGUCCUUUUGCAAGAGUGCAGCAGUUCCAUUGACAUGUGUAGCAAUAAUCCCAUACUGUGUAUCCCAGAUUGUAAACAGGAAAGAGAAAGUUUUAUAAGAUGAUGGCAUUCUCUUUCUUUCUACAUUGUGCAGUACUCUACAUACAUGUAUAUAUGGGGAGUACCAUCCAGAGUAGAGAGGACAUCCCAUACUUAUUAAUAGGUCUGCACUGAAGUCAAGUUUUUGCUACUUUCAAAGCAAGAACAUGCAAGAGAUGCCUUAUAAUAGGUAACAAACUUGAAAAUAGGUCAGAUCAGGAAGUAAUUACAAUAGGACUAUUUAUUAAAACAAAGAAUAGUUAUAAAGUAAAUCCCAUUGCACCUCAGUUUUGGUUAUCUAUGGGGUUAUCUGAGUAUUUUUCUAAAUGCCAAUAUGUAAGUGUUUGAAGGACACAUUGGGUUACAUUUCUACGGACCUAUGGUGAAGGGUCAUUCAGAGUAUUUAAAAGGUAGCAUGAGUAAUUCUAUUUUAUAUAAGGCAACCUUUUUACAUGAAGGAGGUCCUACUAAGUCUGGCUACAUUUCAUACUUUCAGGUGCUAGAGUCUGUUAAUACUUGAUAUUAGUCUAUAAUAUUAUUGCAAAGUCCUCUAAACUCAUGGGACAUUGGUGGGCAGACAGUGACAGCUAACAGUGUUAUUUUUUUGACAAUUCCAGCCCUGUAGGGAGCAUGCAUGAGUUUUAUAGAUUGAGGACAAGAAAUAGCCCACCAAACAUCAUUAGUAUAUGGAACAUAUCAAGGUGUUUCUAAUGGAUAACAGUAAAGUAUGGCAGACAUUUUCCUGGGUUUAUUAUUUUGAGCCCUAAUAUAUAUAUAUUUUUACAAACCUCUCAGGGGAGACUUUCAUUGUCCUAGUUGUUUUAUUGUGUGGUUAAUUCACAGCUUUGUAGCUAAAUUAGAAGAAAAUGUAUGUGAGAUGUUGUCAGCUAGAAUGUAUGGGUUUUUUAGCCUUCUUUUUAUUUUGAAACAUUUUAAUAUCAAAGAAUUAUCUGAUCUAAAUUGUGAAUGACAGUUUAGUUGUUCUAUUGGUUCAUGCAAAUAUUUUUUUUAAUAAAACAUUAACUGUGA